AUUAUCGAUAGCGGAGAGCGGUCACACUGCCUUUAAACUCCGUUCCAAACAUCAAAAAAUAGCAAAACGAGACGCCAAACAACUGGAUGCAAUUUUACAAAUUGCCCUCGAUAAUCCUGUAAAAGCAUCAUCGGCAGCCGGUGCUACCCCAACAUUACAGAUGUCCUACUUUGGCGUCUACAUUCCGCCAUCCAAGGCUGGCUUCGAGGGCACCGCGGCCCAGUGUGCGGGCUCCAUAGCGGCGGUGAAUAUCAAGCCAGUCCCAGAGUCUUCGUCGUCGUCGGCCACCAUCAACAACACGACAGUCAUAGCAACAGCAGAUUAUCCCAAUGUGGACAGCUAUGAGGAUCCCGAAUAUCCACCCGACUCGCCUUUGUGGCUGAUCUUUACCGACAAAUCCAAGGCACUGGAUGUGCUGCGACACUACAAGGAGGCACGACUGCGUGAGUUCCCCAAUCGCGAGCAGGCUGAAAGUUACGUGCAGUUUGGAUUUGAGAGCAUCGAAUCUUUGAAGCGUUUUGGCAAGGCCAAGCCAGUGAGCAAGCCACUAGCGAUGAGCAACAACUUUAAGGCGUCGUCAUCGGGAUCGACAGACGGUCCGUACUCAACCUCUCCCACCGCCAUCAGCAGCCUGGCUGCCUCCAUGUCGAGUCGGCUCGUUGUGACUCCACCUAUAGCUUCGCUGCCCAGCAUCAGCAUCAAUAUAAGCAGCAACAAAAGUGCCUCCAAUGUAUCGAUCAAUGGCAGUACUACCACAAACAGCCACAGUAACAGCAACAGCAGUGGGACUGGGCCUGGGACUGGGGCCAAGCAUGAGGCAGGAACUAGCAGUAGCAGCAGCACCGGUGAGCGUCCACCAUUCCGGGCACCCAGCAAGCAAGAGCUUGUCGAGUUCCGUAAACAGAUUGAGACUGGUAACAUCGAGCGAGUGCAGCGCAUUGUGUGGGAGAAUCCCCGAUUUCUAAUCAGCAAUGGGGACACACCCACCAGCCUAAAGGAGGGCUGCCGCUACAAUGCCAUGCACAUUUGUGCUCAGGUCAAUCAGGCGCGUGUCGCCGAAACUCUCCUCAAGAUCAUUACCGAUCGCGAGUUCACACUUCAAUAUGCCGGCAAGAAGGCCACCGGGGAGAUGUGCGCCACCCUCAAUGACAAUCUGCUCGACUACUAUUUGAAUAUGCCCGACAAGGCGCGCGGUGAGACGCCCCUACAUUUUGCGGUCAAGAAUGGACAUGUGGCCGUCGUUGAAGUUCUCAUUUCGUAUCCACAAUGCAAGUCGUUGGCCAACUUUGAGGGCAAAGAGCCCAAAGAUAUCAUUUGCUUGCGUGCACCACAUGCCGCGCCCGAGGUUUUCCAGAAGUUGUUGCUACUCUUGGGAAAUCCGCACUAUGUGCCCGUGCUGAGAUCCGCGGCCAAUGAGGUGCCGCCACAGGUGGGCCAACCCUUUACGCCCAAUAAACCGCCGAACUUGCAGCAAAAGACAAACGAGCACGAGGGCCUCACCACGGACUUGACCAUCAGCGCAUUGGCGGGACCCAUGUCGCGGGAAAGGGCCAUGAAUUUCUAUCGUCGCUGGAAGACACCGCCACGCAUUGGCUCUAAUAAUAUGUCGCCGUUGGCCAUUUCACCAUUUUCAUCGCCCGUGAAGGUGACGCCCACCAAGUCAAUCUUUAAUCGCAGCUUGAAUGGCAAUGGCGGCGGAGCAGGUAGUUCGUCGCCUCUGGCAUCCUCACCUUCGGGGCGACGUACGCUCUUUAGCCCAAAAGGAGUGACCACCAGCUCGCCAAAACCAUUGCUGCUCGAUGGCAAGGAUUGCGUGAACAACAACAAUAAUAACAACAACUGUCUGAUCAAGCCAAUGGGUGGAUCAAUGGAACUGCCAGGCACACCACUACGUCAGAUGAAGCCGGAUUUAUUUAUGGCCUAUCGCGAAUCCUCACUCUGCCUUGAUGACAGCAUGCUGGAGAUCGAUGCGAGCAUGCGGGACAUGAGCAUCAGCAUGCACAAGAGCAUAAAUUUGUCGCAGAUGAACGAUAGCUUCCGCGAGCGUCACAUUAAGAACUCGGACAUUGAGAAGGGCCUGGAGGUGGUGGGCCGACAGCUGGCACGUCAGGAGCAUCUCGAGUGGCGCGAAUACUGGGACUUUCUCGACUCGUUCGUGGACAUCUCCACACCGGCUGGCCUGGAGAGACUGGAGGUCUAUCUGCAGAAAAAGGCCGAGCAGGCGCAGGCCGCCGAGAAAUCCGAUCAGGAGUGGAGUUUUAUCCAGUAUCUGGAUAUGGUCACAGGCGAUCAGCGGCAGCAGCAGCAAAAGCAUCGCACGGGCAAGGCUGUGGCGUCGCCGGCUGCUGCUGGCGGUACCACCACCCAGGUGAUGACGCCCUAUACAUGCGUGGAGAAGUCCCUGCAGGUGUUCGCCAAGCGCAUCACCAAGACACUCAUCAACAACAUUGGCAACAUGGUCUCCAUCAAUGACACCCUACUCUGCGAGCUUAAAAGACUGAAAUCGCUGAUUGUUAGCUUCAAGGACGAUGCACGAUUCAACAUCGUGAACUUCACCAAGGUUCACUCCCGCAUUGCCCAUCUGGUGGCUAGCUAUGUGGACCAUUCGCAAGAGGUCAACGUGGCCAUACGCCUGCAGCUGCGACAGAUGCUGCGUCGUCUCCUUCAGCUGCAUGAUGAGCGGCGCGGGCAUCUGGGCUGCGUCUGUGCCAGCCUCCUUCUGAUGCUUGAAGAGGCCCCCGACCAUGCCGUUCAGCUGCCUGAUGCCCUCAAGACGGAGGCUGGUUGCUUGUUCGCCUGGCAAGCGGAAGAGUCUUGCGCCUGCAUUUGGGAUGCGAAUCUCAGUCGAAAGACCAGUCGACGAAAGCGCACGGAAUCGAUGAAGCGUGCAGCAGCCGAGGUUCAGGAUUCACCAGGACCGGGUUCUCCCACAGCCACAGUGGCAGCAGCUGCCAAUGUUUUGCGUGCCAAAGUCCAGGACGGGGCAUGGCAAAAUGUCGACAACGACGAUGAUGAGGAUAGCAGUGAUGAGAAUUGCUUUUACGAUGCCCUAGAUGCUCCGUGCCCGGAGCAGCAGGUUAGCAGUAGCGAGGAUGAAGAGCAGUUCCAUACGCCGGACCAGUACAUGUCACCGCGUGCAUCCAUCUCUCUGGAGACUCGCUACGAGCUGUUUAUCUUUGGUAAGGAGCCAACCAAGCGCGAUUUGGAUGUCCUGAAUGCCAUUUUCCAUGUGGAUGUGGAGAAGGAAACACUGCCGCAUGUUCAUGCCUGGAAAGCGGUCAUGGAGAACUAUCCCGAAGCUGAAAUGGAUCUUUUCCCAUCGCCUACGAAGCCAACGCUUAGCCAAAGCUCGAUCCAACCAAAACGCCUGUUUUCCACACCCAAACUCAAUGUGGUGUCAGCGCCACCAUCGAAUGGCCUGGCGGCUGUCAGUGAACCAAUUCAGAAUCCAGUGUGCCAGCCAGUAGCUGCCGCACCAGUUGCCUCCCCAGUGCCAGCAUUUGCAGCGGCUGCAGCGGCAACCGUGUCGCAGUCAUUCCAUACGCCAAUCAACAAAGUGCGCGGCCUGUUCAGCAAGUAUCGCGAAAUGCGGCCGACUUUUGACGAUGAUUCGCUGCUCGUCAAUGUAAAUGGUGGGCGGCUGCCGUCACGCCGGUCAUCGCUGACCCUGGACGACAGCAGUAAAUAAGGAUAUUGCGAUAUCCUUUUGAUACACUGCACACAUCCCAGCCCACUCUACAAUUUUGUUCAUGUUGUGCAGACACUCGUUCGUUCGUUCGUUCGAUCAGUCGUCCCACAUACACAUAUAGUAUAUAUAUAUAUAAAUAUAAUCAAUAAUCAAUAAAUCGAAAGAUCGUGUUUGUAAGUGUAAGCUACGUUGAUCUAAUUAUCGUAUUA